AUGCAGCGCGAGCGGUGCCGGCGGCCAAUGGGCGGCGCGGGCCGUGCAUACGGGAUGAGGCCGCGGGCCUGCUCAUGCGGGCCCGGCGGGCGGCGGCGAGCGGCGCGCGGGCCGCAAGAUGGCGACUGCCAUGUACCUGGAGCACUACCUGGACAGUAUUGAGAAUCUGCCGUGCGAACUGCAGAGGAACUUCCAGCUGAUGCGGGAGCUGGAUCAGAGAACAGAAGACAAGAAGGCAGAGAUCGACAGCCUGGCAGCAGCGUACAUCGAGUCUGUAAAGAACAUGUUACCUGAGGAGAGAGUGGAGCACCUGAGGAAGAUCCAGAGCGCCUACAGCAAGUGUAAAGAGUACAGUGAUGACAAAGUGCAGCUGGCCAUGCAGACCUAUGAGAUGGUGGAUAAGCACAUCCGCCGGCUGGAUGCAGACUUGGCGCGCUUUGAGGCUGAUCUCAAAGACAAACUGGAAGGCAGCGACUUCGAAAGCCCUGCAUCCCGAAGCCUGAAAAAGGGACGAAGUCAGAAAGACAAAAGAAGCUCUCGUGGUCGAGGCAGGAGAACAUCUGAAGAAGACACACCAAAGAAAAAGAAGCUCAAAGGAGGGUCUGAGUUUGCUGAUACCAUCCUGUCAGUGCACCCCUCGGAUGUCCUGGACAUGCCGGUAGAUCCCAACGAGCCCACCUACUGCCUGUGUCACCAGGUGUCCUACGGAGAGAUGAUCGGCUGUGACAACCCCGAUUGCCCAAUUGAGUGGUUUCACUUUGCAUGUGUGGACCUGACCACCAAACCCAAAGGGAAAUGGUUUUGUCCUCGUUGUGUUCAGGAAAGAAAGAAAAAGAAGUAAAGAGUAGAGGGGGAUACAGCACCGAGGCAAGAAGAAUUUAAUAUAUUCCUUCAUUCAUGUUGCAAUAUUACCUUUGAUUAUUUUUUGUUAAUCUAUCCUCCAUCUUUUUCUGGUAUGAUAUUUAAUUAUCCAGUGGCCAGUUGAAAUUCCUGUUCUUUCCUAAGACAAUGACUUGGGGAGGGAGUCCCAAAUCCCUUUGCCACGGAGAUUUUAUUUAUGUUAGUCUUGCACAAUAAUACUGAGGGAGGGUGUUGCCUUUUCUGGCCGUUUCCAUUUCCCUGAGGAUUCUUUAAGUACAUCACUGUGAAGAUGAAACCUACAGUAUUCUUGGAGAGAGAGAAGGUCGGAUUUAUUCACAAAAUAAGAUGAAGGCCUGGACUGUUAGCUGUGAUUGCCUGUGUGGCACAUGGGUAAAUCAGGAAAUCAGGUUUUAGGGAAAGGCUCCAUGAGGACACUGUUCCAACAAUGGUGUGGCUCUGCUGUUGAAGGUCAUUCAGGAAUGUUGUAACAGAACUUCUUGUCUUUUUUAAUGGGCUGCAUUUGCAUGUUCUUGGCUUCUCUGGCUGCCUUUCAGAUGAAUGUGAAUCCUUGCAUUAGUGUCAGUGGCUGCAGCAGAAGGGGCAGCGGAAAUCAGGAGCUGGAAAGCAAAAUUCUCUGUUUUUUUCUUCCUCUGAGAUACAGUGGAUGCAGAACUGGAGGGAAGAGCACACAUAAGUCCAACACCUUGUAUCUGUGUCCUGCAUCAUUAACUGUCUUCAGGGAAAGAUGUAGUGGGGAAAGUGUUCCAGGUUUCCCUCCUGCUGGUGGAAGGAGGAAAAAAAGCCCCAAACUCAUGAAUUUUGCUGGCUCUGGUCCGUGUUGGGUGUUGGUGGCAGCUCUGUGCAGGGGUGUGUGCUGCUUGCCAUACCAGUGUGCAGGAGCUCUUGCUACAGACUGCUGGAAAGGCAUAAAGAAACUCCCGGAUAAACUUUCCUUCUGCUGAAUACAACAGCAGAGAAGAUUAAAAACACUUGUACUCAGAUUCUGGGACCUGUUUUCAAAAGAAAGAAGGCUUUUCCUGUUACACUGAGCCUCUAACUCAUGUUUUGCAGUGAAGGAAAGUAGAACACAGCUCCUGCCACCUCUUUCCCUCUGGGGCUUCGUGCCUGUUGCUGACAUAGGAGAAACCUCUCAAUUGUGAGGCAGCUUUUCUGUGAACAUUAAUUUAUGGCAGGAAAAAAGGAUGAAUUUUAGGAACAAAUCCCUGUCUUCGGGGUCCUGCCAUUUCCAGUGAGGUGCAGGUAUCUUUACUACAUUGCAUCAUGGAGAGAUAAGUUCCAUAGUUCAGUGCAUGAAAAUGCACAUUUGUGAUGCACAUUUGUCAUUGCUGCCACAGAACAGCACGUGGAAAACAGGCAGGGAAAUGAAAGCCAGAGUGCCGGACCAAAGGAGGAGGAACAGCACAGUCACACAGACCUGGAGUACAGCAAGCCCUCUUAUUCUUCCUGCCCCUUCAUGGGAGCAAAUUUGUGAUACCUCAUGAGCCAGCCUGUAAUGCAGUGCCCAGAGGGUGAGAGCUGUUCCAGGUUUUGUUUUCCCCUUCCACCCAAUGGUAUUGUAGACAAGUUUUCCUCCUGUUUUUCCUAAGGCUUUGUUAGUACUGAUAUUGCCAUGGAUUAAGCAUUUGAUUUGAAACAAUCUCAAAAUUCCACUCUGGAGAUCUUGCUGGAAACAUGCCAUGAGGGAAGAGAGCAGCUCUGGUUGGGCCAGUGUGGAGCAGUCUUCCCUCAGCUCCAAAAUUCUGGUCAGGUAGCAUAAAAAAACCACAUUUUAGAAGUGCUUUUGGGGCUUCAAAGAGCAUUUUUGACUUGAACCAGCAAAGCAAAAAGGAAAACAGGCUCUGGAAGGUAGAGCCCUCGAGAGAAAGGAUAAUUUGCUAGGAAUGAAGAAUAGUGUGAGGUACAACAUUGUCUCUUUUUUACAAUGUCUGUGAUGUGUAAAGCAUCCGAGAUUUGAUACCAGCAAUAAACUCUCCCACUGGGAACAUGCCAGUUCAGGGCUUGGAUGGGCUCAGGAGCAUCUCCUGCCCUCUUACACCUGGUAGUAGAGAUUUUUUACGACUCCUUGUAGACAGAAAUACCAGCAGCCUUCUUUUGUGCUUACUAAAGGAUUUAAAUCUUCUGACUUCUGAAUGUACAGUGUUAAAUCUUUCCUGGAGAAGAGGGUGAUCCCCAAAGGAAUCCCCCACUAAACAUUACCCAAAAAAACCCUGCCAGGAGGUCCCAGCUUUACUGCAGCUCAUCCAAACCGGAGGUCAAAACCGACCUUCCCUCAAUUACCGACACCGAGGAAAAAACUUUUAAAAAAUAAGUAAGGAAUGUAAAGUUUUAAAAAAAAAUUAAGAAGAAAUGUAUAUCUGUAUUUUUUUGGAUCUUGGAGAUGUUGGAUUAUAUUAUAAAUAAAGUAUUUUUGGGAA